CCGGUUUUUCCCCCAUGAAUGGUUAGCUUGGAAGCUUCGACGAGGCGGACUGUUUGUUCUUCGCAGAAGAGAGAGAGACCAAUCAACCAAUCAUCCCAACCCCCGAAACCUCCCUCCACCAGAAGCUUAACCACCAUUUGCGAUUCCUAAUUCGGGAAAUUCCGAUCUGGUAGAACUGUCCGUCUCCUGGUCGAGUUUAAGGGCGGUAGACUCUGUUUGUAACUCCGGAGCACAGAGCGCAAUGCAGAAAAUGGCACAGAGUUGGUUCUCAGGUACCGUUAGCGAAGACCAACAGCUGCCACAGCAGCAGAAGACAUCGUCGUCUCUCUUGGCUGACUGGAAUUCUUACGCCUCGUCCAGAAACGCCAACGAUGAAGGCAGCGGAAUGAGUCUCGGGUUCGAUCUUGAAUCCGCCGUCCGGUCCGCCAACGAAACGGUUUCGGGAACCUUCAAUGUGGUUUCUAAGGGAGUCAGAGAAAUGCCUGGUAACUUGCAGUCAGCUACUAGCAACAUACCUUCCGGGAAAGCUCUCAUGUACUUCGGCUUAUUCCUAGCGACUGGCGUGUUCUUUGUUUUUAUUGCUUUUGCCCUGUUCCUUCCGGUGAUUGUACUAGUGCCUCAAAAGUUUGCAAUAUGCUUUACUCUCGGAUGUAUAUUUAUCAUUGGGUCAUUAUUUGCACUCAAAGGCCCACAGAAUCAAUUUGCUCAUAUGAUAUCAAAAGAGAGGCUUCCAUUUUCAUUGGGGUUCCUAGGCAGUAUGGCUGGUACCAUAUACGUCUCCAUGGUGCUUCACAGCUACGUUCUUUCAGUACUCUUCUCUGUGAUACAGGUUAUGGCACUUAUAUACUAUUCAAUAUCCUACUUCCCUGGUGGAUCAACUGGGAUGAAAUUUAUCACCUCUUCACUAACUUCAACAGUGAUGAGAAUUUUCGGGAGGUGACAGUGGCUAUGUCCUCACAGUUUUAACCAGGUUUAUCUUUGUAUAUUUUCUCUCUUCUAGUCACUUGGUGAGAUUUCAUUAGGUUGUCCUUUGAGAAACUUGAAAUGAAGAUUGAAAUCCCAGAAUUAUCAAAAGAACAAAGUGGUUUCCAUUAUUCCGUUGGUCUUAUCCAUAUGUUCGUCUAAAGGCUCUAUUGACUGUUGGAGAGCACAAAUUGGAAUCCAGUUUUUGUUUGGAAUACAUAUUAUACAUAUGUGAUAUGUGUCUGCAUAUAUAUAUGAGCCGAUAUACAUACUGCAUUGGAAGGCUAGGCAAAUCAUUACGUCCCAUUAGAGGAUGUAUGGGAGACAUUUGUUAUGCUAAAGUAAAGUGUGGGCAUAUGUAUAUAUGGGGUUGGUUUGUUUUUGUUGGAUCAUUUAGUGGAGAUCAUCCCACCAUCCUUCAUCAAUCCGUGUAUACCCCAUGCCAGCCAUAUUGUGAAUGUUGAUCUGUGGGACUGGGGCAGGCCAUUCAGCCAGCAAAGGUUAUGAAUGGGUGGGGAUGACAAUGAAAGCAAGCAGAAGAGAAUAGUCUCAAGUUAUUUUAGUUGUCGAUGUCCAUCUCUUGUUUGCUGCCAUGACAGUGGCCGACGGGAGCUGGAGGGGGGGAAUGCUUGCCAAUACAAGAGGGAGUUUUGUGUUUAUCAGUUUGGUGCAAUGGCCAGUAAGUCUGUUGGGAAGUUGACUUCAAGUCUGUUUGACUGGAGAAGUUGUACAAUAACUUCUUAGAUUUAAGAAUACAGCUGAGCUAGCACAUGGAAUGGAAGAAUAUGUGCUUGAUUGGAUUGGAGAAGUUGGUUAUUGUAUGUUUUAUAGGUUUAACUGGAAGUCUGUAGAUCGAUGUUUAGUGAUCGAUCAUCUC